AGCUUCCGGCACCCGCUUCUCGGUUGCCUAUAGCAACGGCACGCGGAAACGGCUCGGUAUCCAUGGAAAGCGGAUGACGCUUUCUCAGGGAGCGCGUCGCACCUCGCUACCCCGAAAAAAGAAAGGGACCACCGGUGCCAGACUGAAUCCAGCACAAUGUUCAAAAGUAUGCAAAGACAUCAUCAGAUCAUCACCGACGGCCAAUACAUGCAGGAGAUUCAACGUAAAAUGGGCACGGAUUAUCAGCUAACCCUACGCAAGCAAGAGAAAGAGCGGGCAGAGGCAGAGCUGACAAGAGAAAAAUUCAGUAAGCAAAAGGCGAAGUGCAACUCACCGACCAAAUACGUGAGCCGCAACUACGAGAGACCCUGGGCUCUGGGAAUGUCUGCGUCCCGAAAGCUUGCCGACUACACCACUGCGAACGAAGGGCACUUGCUGAACAAAGGACCUGCGUCUCGCCUUCCUGCUUUACCCAACAAAGGCGAAAUCAAGAGGCAUAAACUGGCAGCUGCUUCAAAGAAACCGGAGAAAAAGCCGUAUGCAUGCCCCCCAGCCAACCGGCCAUAUUUUGAGUCUCACUUGUCAAAAGAAGGCAAACAGGACACUCCAAGAAAACCCAAGUACAAGGUGAAUGGGCAGCUUCUGCAGGGUCGAAAAGCCAAACUCGGCUCCUUGGAGACAUCUGUCCAGAUAAUUCAGGGCAGGUCUGCUGGAAGAGCCCAAGAAAUCAAGCGUGAGCCAAAAUACGACUCAAAGCAAGAUGCUGUGCCAAGGAGUGCCACCAGGAGGUCACCUAGCUCAAGUUCUUUCUCACAAAACGCCCCCCCAUGGUUGCCUUUGACCUCGUUGUUACUGCCUGAACAGCUAUUGGAGGGCCGGGUUGCUAACAGACACAGUGUGUCCCCUGUAGAUGAUGAGCAGGAUGGGAGUGGUGAUGAGCAGACAAGCUUGCUCCUUUUCUCGGACACUCCAGAUCUGCAUGACCCUGAGCAGACACGGCCCACUUCGCCUCGGCCCACCUCCAUACUGUCAGGUGCGGUCUCACCUUCUCAACUCCCAUUUAGUCUCAGACAUUCACCUGCUCCUCCACUGCUCACACGACCCCGAUGUGCUCCCCCUGUUCUUCCAGAUGUGGAGCGUCCAGAGCACGACAAUCCCACGGAGGAGAGGUGCCCUUCUGCAGUCAGUUUUCAGGAGACCACCAUUGGCAUCAACGUUCAAAGUCAAAGUACGCCAGAGCAGGUGGUCAACCAAGGGACAACCUCUGAGGAGCCGGGACAUCAGUUACCCGGUUAUGAAAUACGCAGUAGCUUUGAUUUGAGGCCAAGGAGAUAUGCUCUACCAAACAACAGGCAACCUUACAGGGAAAACGAGGAAAACCACAUCCCCCCAGUGAGGCAGCCUGGCCGUAUCUUCACUCGGGCCGUCAUUCCCGUGCCUCAAAGUGUUUUUGAAGUUCAGAGAAGCCGGCUUCACCUGGUUAAUUAUGGAGGCCACACUUUGCAGUUUCCAAACUUCCCAAACUCUUCAUCUUUACAGGACACAACUCCCACCAGCCACCUGCAGGCCAACAUGGCUACAGAGGAUAGGGAAUCGCGCCUGAAUGAGCACAGCGGUCCAGAAAGAGACGGUGACAGAGCCUCGGAGCUUUCCUUACGACAGAGGCUGACCCCAGCUCUGUUUGCUUUAUCCCAUUUAAGGGAACGUAUUGAGGAGAUCACCGAAAGGUCCAUGCCAAGCACCCAGAGCGACACGAGACCCCCAGCUGAUCCUGAGAAACUCAAUAAGAUCAAAGAAAGUUUGCUAGAGGAAGAGUGUCAAGAAGAUGAAGGUGACCUGUGCAGGAUUUGUCAGUCUGGUGUGGGCACCCCAAGCAACCCCCUAUUAAAACCAUGCAAAUGCACUGGAAGCCUGCAGUAUGUACACCAUGAUUGUUUGAAACAGUGGCUCCAGACCAAAAUCAAAUCAGGAGCAGAGCUAUCUGCAGUUCAGACUUGUGAACUCUGUAAGGAAAAUUUGAACCUGGACCUGAAUGAAUUUGAUGUGACUGAAUAUUACCAGAAGCAUCAUGAAACACAAAGUCUGGAGUUCAUAAACACAGGCAUAUACUUGUUUAUGUUACUGCAUCUAUACGAGCAUGGGUUUCCAGAUGUGUUAAGGCUCUACAGAUAAAAUGCUCCUUACUUGGGCAAGAAUCCAGAAGGCAAAAAUAAACUUCCCGACUUUCAGAAAAUCUACACAUUUUCUAUAGCACAUUAAAAUUAUUUUAUUCUUUAAGUGAAUAUUGAUAUUAUCUAAUAAACAAAACAUAACGGGUUUACAAAAAUGCAUGUACAAUUUAUGUGUAUAUUUCGAUCCAUCCAAACAUUUCA